AUCCAGCUCUUCGUUACCAGCACGGCGAUCAGACGUCAUGGUGCUGCGACUGGCCAAUCCGACCAAGUUGGGCUCAUCAUGGGUGACUGCUUCCUCAUCAGCGACGCCUUCCUCUUCAAGGCAGACUGUACGAAGCAUUACCACCACCCCCAACCCCUCCUUCUCCUUCCGCGACCUAGUCUCUCGCCGAGCACCAGAAAAGAAGCAAAAACCCGACGGCACACCAGCCAAAGAGGAAAAGUCCCUCACCCAAUCACUUCGCGAGGCGGCCACUCGCACUCUCUUCGGUAAUCGCAGAGAGACAGAGCUGGCACGUCUCAGGCAAGGAAUGUCUGCAGCAGAUCAACGCAAGCUUGAUCAGGACAAUCUACAAGCACGCGCACUAGCAUCGGUGGACGCGGAGGGUAAUCCAUUACUGGAGGGAGAAGACGCAGAUGUUACGGGACAACGUGCUGCUCGUGUAGCAGAGAGAAUGGCGACUCGCCAACAGGGGAGGUUGGAGAGGAAGAAGUGGAAUGGAUUGCAAAGACCAGAGCACAAGUACUCUACAGCGGCAUUCAAGAUUUCUCCAAAGAAGCUUCAGCUCCUCGCUGAUCAGAUUAGCGGAAGGCCCAUCGAUUAUGCCAUUUUGCAGAUGCAGUUCAGCCCAAAACGAGCCGCAAAGAGGAUCAAGUCCACCUUGUGCCUCGCACGCGAUCAUGCCGUUGCAAAGGGUAUGAACCGAUCACGGCUCGUCGUGGAUGAGGCUUGGGUAGGAAAGGACCAGCUGCUCAAGAAGGCAGAGUAUAAGGGAAGGAUGAGGAUGGGUAUCAGGAAGACGUACUUCAGUCACAUGGACGUUGUUUUGAGGCUGGGAAAGACGGCCAAGGAGGUACAGGGAGAGAAGGUGCUCAAGGCACGUAGGAUGGCAAGGAGCGUCGCUACUGGUGGAGUGCACAGGACGAGCGCUGUCAGCGGGGUGGGCGGGCAAGGAAGGGCAGUACAGGGCACUGCUUGGGGGUAUUAGAGCGCAAAGGGCAAUGAGAUGAACUGAUGUUCGAAGACACACUGAAAUAUGGUGACGAAGCUGUGCAAUCAUCGUAACGCGCAUCAAGCGCGCCUUCUCCCUCGCUGAUCCGGCGUCGAAGUCCUCGACCCCCUCG